UUGCAAAAACAAAUUAAAGAAUUUGUUUUCAGGUUUAUAGGUGAUUAUGGGAAGCUUGUCACACCUUACACAUUCAAGAAAGACAUUCGCAACACCAACCCCUUCUCACCGUCUUUACGUGAAAGAACGAAACGCAUUGCGAAGGAACUUGCUUCGAUGCCUAACGCAUUGCCACUUAAUGCAAGCAACAGUAUUUUUGUGUGCGUCGACGAGGGAAGAUGUGAUAUAAUUAAGGUCCUAAUUUCCGGGCCCGAUGAUACUCCUUAUGCCAAUGGACUUUUCGAAUUCGAUGUGUUUUUCCCAACAAGUUACCCGUAUUCUCCUCCUAAAUGCGCCUUCUUGACGACGGGAGCUGGAAAUGUGCGAUUUAAUCCUAAUCUCUACAACGACGGGAAGAUUUGCUUAUCAAUUUUGGGAACGUGGGAGGGACGCCCUGAAGAAAAGUGGAGCUCUUACUGCUCGCUGAUGCAAGUUCUUGUUAGCAUCCAGAAGGUCAUUCUACGGCAUUUCUGGCUUAAGCGGCACGCUAUCAUAAGACAAGCGAAGAACUGGAUCGUGGAGAUGAGGAAGGACGCAGCAGAAGCUGAGCGAAAUCCGAAGCGCAGGGAAAGCCUCACAUUCGAGAGCCUCUACAAUCCCUAUCAUCAAGUGAAUCCUAAAUUGUACAAUUUUUGGUAG